GCAGCUUCCGGCGCCAGCCCGCUGGGAAACUUGCAGCACCGCCUCCCCGCUCGCGAGCGCCCUUCGCGCCGGAGGCUCUAUGGUACCAACUUCCGCUGAGCGCCACUACUCGCGAGAAUUCCGCGACGCAGCAAUGGCGGGACCGUGAGUGCCGCUGACGGGACUCAAAAGAGAACCGGCUGGAACGGGUUUGGGCCGAGAUCGGGCUACUGGGGUCCCUACGGGCCACUUUUCCCUGGAGGGCGUGGCAGCUGGGGUCGUGAAGCCACUCCGGGGUCCGGACGGCCGCCAGCGACCUAGCUCCCGCCUCUUCCCCAGAUGCCGCGCCACUGCUCGGCCGCCGGCUGCUGCACACGGGAUACGCGCGAGACGCGCAACCGCGGCAUCUCUUUCCACAGACUUCCCAAGAAGGACAAUCCGAGGCGUAGCCUGUGGCUGGCCAACUGUCAGCGGCUGGACCCCAGCGGCCAGGGCCUGUGGGACCCUGCCUCUGAGUACAUCUACUUCUGCUCCAAACAUUUCGAGGAGAACUGCUUUGAGCUGGUGGGAAUCAGCUGCUUUGAAGGGGUCCGCAGCUCCAUUCUCUACCUCCUCCUGCUGAUGUCACCUGCUUUCCUGUAAAAAGAAAGCCUCAGAACCUGCCACUUUGCCUUUCACAGGAUCUGAAAGCCUCUUCCCAGAUUUUCCAGGCUCUCUAGAUGCCCAGCCCUUACCAGAACAGUAGCAUCCCUCUCUCAAGCCUUAGCCUAUCUCCCCUUCAACUUUCUUGCCAUACCUCCAUCAGAGCCUAUGUUCUAAAUGACCAGUUGCCAGGUGGGCAAUAUUCUGUAGAAGGUCCAGUGCCAGCUCCAGGCUUGCAGGCAGAGAAGCAGCACUGCAGCUGACAAACCUGCAUCAGAAGCUGGCACAGGCAGAUAUCUGCCAGACUCUGAAGGAGCAUGUGUAGAACUUUGCUGUGCAGAUGAGUAGCAGCAUGAUCUGAAGGAGGAUCCACCCAUCAAGGCUGAAGUUUCUUCCAUCCUUAUUUGUCUACCAAGCACAGGAUCAGAAUUGGACCUAUGUGAUCCACCAGAUACCAUAUAUAAGUAGAUUCUAGAGGGCUGUAUUGCUAUCUGGCUCACUUCAGGGUUCGAACCUUGUUCCCACCAGACAGUGUUGGCAGUCCCCAGAGAGACCCAAAAUGAUUGACUGUGGGGAGCUGAGAUCCUGGUUCCUAAUUUUUAAGAUUUCUUUUUAGUUGCAGAUGGACACAAUGCGUUUAUUUUAAUUUAUUCAUUGUUGCAAGCAAGCCAUGGACUGUGUGAGCUAUGAGCAUUCUAGCGGAUGGGAAGACUGGCCUGGUGUUAUAUGCUCUUUGGGCUGUGCAACACACAAAUGCACUUUCCUCUCUCCAUGCCUGUGACUAGCCAGGAUGUCAAUCUGCUGACCACAAGACAUCAGGAAGUUAGACUCAAACCUCUGAAACCUGCCCCUUGCCCUAUUUGGAAAGAACAUUCCAUGGAACUUCCUUCUGUGUGCCCCCCCCCUUUAAAAUAAAGAAUCUAGGUGCAAGUUCUCUCUUUCCAACAGACCCCUAAGGUCGAGAGCUGUCCCUGAGUCCUGCAGGCAAAAUGUA